AUGGCGGAUGAAAGCAUUCUUGCCGGCGCUGCCGUCGACACGUUUGAGGAUGUGUUUGACGAGGAGGAGCCUCCCAAGGAGGCUCCUAGCAUCCAGCGCAUUCGCGCCAACUCCACCAUCAUGAGGCUGACCAAGAUUCUCGUCGCCAACCGAGGCGAGAUUCCCAUCCGCAUCUUCAGAACGGCUCACGAGCUUUCGCUCCACACAAUCGCCGUCUUCAGCUACGAGGACCGUCUCAGCAUGCACAGACAGAAGGCCGACGAGGCCUACGUCAUUGGAAAGCGCGGCCAGUACACACCCGUGGGAGCUUACCUUGCUGGCGACGAGAUCAUCAAGAUUGCACUCGAGCACGGCGCGCAGAUGAUUCACCCGGGCUACGGUUUCCUGUCCGAGAACGCUGACUUUGCCCGCAACGUUGAGAAGGCUGGCCUCAUUUUCGUCGGCCCGAGCCCGACCGUGAUCGACGCGCUUGGUGACAAGGUCUCCGCCCGGAGGCUCGCUAUCAACGCCAAAGUCCCCGUUGUUCCCGGAACAGAGGGUGCCGUUGAGACCUUCCAAGAAGUGAAGACGUUCACAGACGAAUACGGCUUCCCCAUCAUCAUCAAGGCUGCCUAUGGCGGUGGUGGCCGUGGUAUGCGUGUCGUCCGGGACCAGGAGUCGCUUCAGGAGGCGUUUGAGCGUGCCACCUCCGAGGCAAAGAGUUCCUUUGGUAACGGCACCGUCUUCGUCGAGCGCUUCCUCGACAAGCCGAAGCACAUUGAAGUCCAACUUCUCGGUGACAACCACGGCAACAUUGUCCACCUGUACGAGCGUGACUGCUCCGUCCAGCGUCGCCACCAGAAGGUUGUCGAGAUUGCUCCGGCCAAGGAUCUUCCGGCAGCUACGCGUGACGCUAUUCUUGCCGAUGCCGUCAAACUGGCCAAGUCUGUCAACUACCGUAACGCCGGUACGGCCGAAUUCUUGGUCGACCAGCAGAACCGCUACUACUUCAUCGAGAUCAACCCACGGAUCCAGGUCGAGCACACCAUCACUGAGGAGAUCACGGGCAUCGAUCUUGUUGCCGCCCAGAUUCAAAUUGCUGCCGGUGCCUCGCUGCAGCAGCUGGGCCUCACCCAGGACCGCAUCUCCACCCGCGGUUUCGCCAUUCAGUGCCGUAUCACAACCGAAGACCCGGCUAAGGGCUUCCAGCCUGACACGGGCAAGAUCGAGGUCUAUCGUUCUGCCGGCGGUAACGGCGUGCGUCUCGAUGGCGGUAACGGUUUUGCAGGCGCUGUCAUUACUCCCCAUUACGACUCCAUGCUUACUAAGCUGUCUUGUCACGGCUCUACCUACGAGAUUGCCCGUCGGAAGGUCCUGCGUGCACUGAUCGAGUUCAGAAUCCGCGGUGUCAAGACCAACAUUCCCUUCCUGGCCUCGCUGCUUACACACCCUGUCUUCAUCGACGGCAACUGCUGGACGACCUUUAUCGAUGACACACCCCAGCUGUUUGACCUGGUGGGCAGCCAGAACCGUGCCCAGAAGCUGCUUCUGUAUCUGGGUGACGUUGCCGUCAACGGCAGCAGCAUCAAGGGACAGGUUGGCGAGCCCAAGUUCAAGGGAGACAUCAUCAUUCCCGAGCUUCUUGACGACAAUGGCAAGAAGAUUGACGUCAGCGAGCCGUCGACCAAAGGCUGGCGCAAGAUCAUUCUCGAGCAGGGCCCCAAGGCCUACGCCAAGGCCGUCCGCGACUACAAGGGCUGCCUCAUCAUGGACACGACCUGGCGUGACGCCCACCAGUCGCUGCUGGCAACACGUGUGCGCACGGUUGACCUGUUGAACAUUGCCCGUGAGACGAGCCAUGCGCUGCACAACCUGUUCAGUCUGGAGUGCUGGGGUGGUGCCACUUUUGACGUGGCCAUGCGCUUCCUGUACGAGGACCCGUGGGACCGGCUGCGCCGCAUGCGCAAGCUCAUCCCCAACAUCCCCUUCCAGAUGCUGCUACGCGGUGCCAACGGCGUGGCCUACUCCUCGCUCCCCGACAACGCCAUCGACCAGUUCGUUGACCAGGCGAAGAAGAAUGGUGUUGAUGUCUUCCGCGUGUUCGAUGCUCUGAACGAUAUCAACCAGCUUGAGGUCGGCAUCAAGGCCGUACACAAGGCUGGUGGUGUCGUUGAGGGCACCGUUUGCUUCUCUGGCGAUAUGCUGAAUCCCACGAAGAAGUACAACCUGCCGUAUUACCUCGAACUGGUCGACAAGCUUGUUGCCCUUGACAUUCAUAUCCUGGGUAUCAAGGACAUGGCUGGUGUGCUCAAGCCGCAUGCAGCCCGUCUUCUGAUCGGCUCCAUUCGCAAGAAGUACCCCGAUCUUCCCAUCCACGUGCACACGCACGACUCUGCGGGCACGGGUGUGGCUUCAAUGGUCGCAUGUGCCGAGGCAGGUGCCGAUGCGGUUGAUGCUGCCACGGACAGCCUGUCAGGAAUGACCUCUCAGCCGAGCAUCAACGCCAUUCUCGCCUCUCUCGAGGGUACCAACCUCGACCCUGGUCUCGAUGUGCGCCACGUGCGCGCAUUGGACACAUACUGGGCACAGCUCCGCCUCUUGUACUCGCCGUUCGAGGCCCACCUUACGGGUCCGGAUCCGGAGGUGUACGAGCACGAGAUUCCUGGUGGUCAGCUCACGAAUAUGAUGUUCCAGGCGUCGCAGCUCGGCCUUGGUUCGCAGUGGGCCGAGACCAAGAAGGCUUACGAGCACGCCAACGAUCUUCUUGGCGACAUUGUCAAGGUCACGCCAACAUCCAAGGUGGUUGGUGAUCUGGCACAGUUCAUGGUGUCCAACAAGCUGAGCGCGGAAGACGUCAAGGCGCGCGCUGGCGAGCUCGACUUCCCUGGAUCUGUUCUGGAAUUCUUCGAGGGUCUGAUGGGCCAGCCGUACGGCGGGUUCCCGGAGCCGCUGCGCACGAACGCACUCCGCGGCCGUCGCAAGCUGGACAAGCGUCCAGGCCUGUUCCUGGAGCCGGUCGACUUUGCCAAGGUCCGGAAGGAGCUGGCUAAGAAGUAUGGUGCGCCAGUGACGGAUUCAGAUGUGGCUUCGUACGUCAUGUACCCGAAGGUGUUCGAGGACUACAAGAAGUUUGUGACGCGGUAUGGCGAUCUGUCAGUGCUGCCGACCAAGUACUUCCUGUCGAAGCCGUUGAUCGGCGAGGAGUUCCACGUGGAGCUGGAGCGCGGCAAGGUUCUGAUCCUCAAGCUGCUGGCAGUUGGCCCGCUGUCGGAGAACACGGGCCAGCGCGAGGUGUUUUACGAGAUGAACGGCGAGGUGCGCCAGGUGACGGUGGACGACAAACAGGCGUCGGUAGAGAAUGUCAGCCGGCUCAAGGCCGACCCGACGGACAGCAGCCAGGUCGGCGCGCCGAUGGCCGGUGUGCUCGUCGAGCUGCGCGUGCACGACGGCAGCGACGUCAAGAAAGGCGAUCCACUUGCUGUUCUGAGCGCCAUGAAGAUGGAAAUGGUUAUUUCUGCCCCACAUGCCGGUAUUGUGUCGCAGUUGAUAGUGAAAGAGGGUGACUCGGUUGACGGCUCAGACUUGGUCUGCCGGAUAACCAAGAAGAGCUGA